AUGAACGACGAAUUGGCGGGGGCACAGGCCACAAUGUCACCUCCGCUACCUAGGCCCCGCAGAGACCGCCCGGCACCGUACGAAGCGGACACACCGCCAUGGGUGGGUGCACUGGAGGGUAGGCUGCUGGCGCACCUGGAACCACUCAAAGCGGACGUCUCAGACAUGAACAUGCGCCACAACGAGAUACACCGUGAACUUGUUCAUUUUACUACGGAAAUGAAAGCCCAGGAAAUUCGCUUGGAUGACCACGACGCACAAUUAAGAGAGCAUGCUGAGCUGCACGAGGGUAGCCUUCUCCGCAUAUCGACACUCGAGAAAGAAGUGAAAGAACUGCGUGCAGCCUCGAGGUCCCCAACACCAUCACAUGCCCCCCGUUCGCCCAGAGACAGAAGUCCUACCCCGGGGAGAGAACGUAACAUUGAAGAGGAGCUGCAGCUCGCCAUUGGCGGGUGGCAGGACUGCAGGAGAGAUGAUGCUGUGGAAGAAGCCAAGGCCAUGUUCGAAGCGGCAGGACUCAAAGAUGCGUGGGAGGACAUUUACUCAUCGUAUAAUCGCACAUCACAUGUGCGAGUCGUGCUGGCCUUCCCAUCCCACUACAAAACCGUACCCCAACAGAGAGCCUUCCAGACCCAAGUCCUAGAAAAGCUCAAGGCCCGGAAAUGGACGAGCUCAGUACAAGGCAAUGAGAACAGAGUCAUAUGGAUCAGCCGACAUAGAACUCCUGAAGACCGGGCGAAAAUCCGGGCCAUAGUCAGCGUGAAGGAGUUUAUUGAUCAACUCACAUUUGGAGGAGGGCUCCGCAAACAGCAUGGGGAGAUCGACUGGCGAGGGAAGAUGUUCGUAGGUAACGUAAAUGUCCUAGGCGGACCCGAUUCGGCCGAACCCUACCAGGAACAAGACCUUGCCUUGAUGGACGCCCGUGGGAAUCACUCUGGGUGGUUUAUUCGAGCCGAGCCUUUCCAGAGAGCGACAGGUUUGCCGGGAAGCCAACUGCAGGAGCUAUGGGACCAGCGGGUACUUGAAGGAUCGGACACGUUGCUAGGGACGGACCACAAAUGCUGCACCGUUGCCCUGCAGCAGACCUUCAAGAGCAGAACGAACAGAGCCCUGGCGGAGCAACUAGACACAGCGGGCCUUGAUCUCUCCGCAAAUACUCUGCAGGACCUGGCGACACAAGCGUGCCACCGGCCCAAGUCGCUAAGGUACAAAGAUGGGAAGGACAUUAAGGCACUCAUCUCCCUGCGGAGAAAACAGUCCGGAGCCGAUGCCAGAAAGACCGCGCAUAAGAUAGCGGUCACCCGCGCCUUGGCCAAGAAGGAGUGGAUGACCUCGCUCCUGGACAGGGGUGCGGCAGGUGACUACUUUGCUAUCAGCUUCUUUAAGCGCCGCCAGUCAGCUAGGCACUCUCAGGGUUCUUUCAUAAUGAGAGCAGGAGGCCAAGAAGCAGCCACCCGUGACCUGAAACAUUUCUACAAAGUCAAGUACACUCCACCAAACCCCACUUCCCCUGACCUGACCAUGCAAAUGUAUGACCAGGCAGUUGGUGAGACUCCUAAUGCCGACCCCAUCACCCCUGAGGAGAUACAACUAGUGCUCGACACGACCAAAGCAGGAAAGAGUGCAGGAGCCGAUGGGGUUCCAUACGAACUCAUCUACUCGUUGAUGCAAUCACCUCUGCAAGCGAAAUUCGUUUCCUUUUAUAAUUCAAUAUUGCAGGAACGAAGCCGAUCCCGGAACGAUGGCUAA